GUGAAAUAACCCUGUUGGUAAAACGUUUGUCGGUAAAACGUUUGUCAGUGAAGUAAUUGUCGGUAAAAUGAACCAGACCCCUGAAGAAUACCUGAAAUUAUAUAAAUUAUGUUGGAAUCCUGACCCAGAUGUAAGAACACCUAUUAAUAAAAUUUUUACCAAAUUAGGAAAAAUGUCAGAUUCCAAUAAUGAACAGACAAAUAAUAAUAUUAGUUCAGUUAUUAGCAAUGAUGGUUUUGGAAGUUUAUUCAUUCCUGAUAAUUUAUAACAUAUAGGAGUGCACAUGUAAUCAAGGUUAUUGUAAAAAAAAAAUAUUCUCCGUAAAUAAAUAUUGUCUCAG